GGGGGUGCCACCUGACCCUGGGCAGCCCCGGCCCAGAGCUGUGUAAUGGGGACAGCUGCGCUCCCACUCUCCCCCCUCCGCGCGUUAGUAACGCAGCCGCCCGUCUGCCCGGUCCCCCUUCCCCAGCGCCAGCCCGCCCCAGCCCUCCCAGCACUUGUGCUGUCACUCAGCCAGGCCACUGGCUUAUUUUAGCUCGGAGCUCAGGCGCUCACACACAGAGCCCCGGCACACUGGCCCCAGCUUGCGAGCUCCCACUCAGCGACUUAAGCAGCCCCUUUCCUGGCCUUUGUCCCACUCGGGGCUCCCGGGGGGAUGGACACAGCCCUCCUCUUGGCCCUCUGCGCCCUGGCCCAGGGUCUCAGGCUCUCCACAGGGAGGUCUGUGCCUCCUGGCCCCCUUUAUCUCUGGAGACAUCCAACGGGGCUGAAUCGAGUUCGAAGAGCCUGGGUCAUCCCACCCAUCAGCGUGUCUGAAAACCACAAGAAGAUUCCCUACACCCUGGUGCAGAUAAAGUCGGAUAAACAACAACAGGGUGGUGUCAUCUACAGCAUUAAGGGCCCAGGGGUAGAUGAAGAACCUUUGGGAAUCUUCUCCAUUGAUAAGUUCACCGGAAAAGUGUUUCUCAAUGCCAUGCUGGACCGAGAGAAGACUGACCACUUUAGGCUAAAGGCCUUUGCCCUGGAUCUGGGAGGGUCCACCCUGGAGGACCCGACUGACCUGGAGAUUGUAGUUGUGGAUCAGAACGAUAACCGGCCAGUGUUCCAACAGGAAGUAUUCACCGGCCACAUACUAGAGGGAGCUAUCCCAGGUACCUACGUGACAAAGGCUGAGGCCACCGAUGCCGACGACCCGGACACAGACAACGCGGCCCUGAGAUACUCCAUCCUGGACCAGGGCGAGACGGAGCAUUUCAGCAUCGAUGAGCUUACGGGCGAAAUCCGAACUGUGCAAGUGGGGCUGGAUAGAGAGGUGGUCGGAGUAUAUAACCUGACGCUGCAGGUGGCCGACAUGUCUGGGGAAGGGCUUACCAACACCGCCAUCGCUGUCAUCUACGUGGACGACAUCAAUGACAAUGCCCCAGAGUUCACCAGCGAAGAGUUCUCCAUGAAAGCCAACGAGGCCUUCGGUGGCAUAGAUGUGGGGAGGCUCGAAGUUCAGGACAAGGAUCUUCCUGGCUCUCCCAACUGGGUGGCCAAGUUCACCAUUCUGGAAGGAGACCCCGAUGGGCAGUUUGCUAUUCGUACAGACCCCAAGACCAACGAUGGUAUCCUGUCUGUGGUGAAGCCCUUGGACCAUGAGAGCAGAGAGCAUUACCAGCUUCGGGUGUCAGUGCAGAAUGAUGCCCCCCUGCAAGGGAGUGCCCCAAAAGCGGCUCGAGGCUUAGCCACAGUGACUGUGGAGGUACAGGAUGUGAAUGAACCGCCCAUCUUCUAUACCAACCCUCUUCGAGCCAGUGUGGCCGAGGGCGCUGCUCCUGGGACUGAAGUCACCACCUUCUUCGCCCGAGACCCAGACACCCAGCAACAUCAGCAGCUCAGUUACUUCAAAGACUAUGACCCUGAGGACUGGCUUCGAGUGGACCGUGCCACUGGUCGGAUCCAGACGAAGCGAGCUAUCAACCCAGCCUCACCCUUCCUCAAAGAUGGCUGGUACAGAGCCAUCAUACUGGCCAGUGAUGACGCAUCCCCAGCUCGCACAGCCACGGGCACCCUCUCCAUAGAGAUUCUGGAGGUCAAUGACCAUGCCCCACUCCUGGCCUCGCCCACCGGUACCAUAUGCAGUGACCCUGGCCAGGGGUCUGGCCUCAUCAUCGGUGCUAUGGAUGAGGAUUUGCCUCCUCAUGGAGCCCCCUUCCACUUCCAACUGAGCCCUGGUUCCCCAGAACUGACAAGAAACUGGAGCAUCAGCCAGCUCAAUGUGACUCACGCCUGGUUACGCCUGCGGACGGAGGCUCCGGAGGGUCUGUACAGUCUGGCCCUCCUGCUCCAAGACUCGGGGCAGCCCCCGCAGCAGCUAGAACAGCUGCUCAAUGUGACCGUGUGCCGUUGUGGGGAGGCCGGAGUCUGCGCUCCCGGGACGGCUGCCCUUCUGGCUGGGGGGGCAGGCAUCAGCCUGGUGGCCCUGGUCAUCGUCCUCGCCAGCGUCAUCCUUCUCCUCCUGCUCGUAUUGCUGGUGGCCAUCUUUGAGCGCUUUCGCCAGCGAGUCCGGGAGAAGGGGCUGCUGGACGGGCUGCAGGACGAUGUUCGGGACAAUAUCCUCAACUAUGAUGAGCAGGGAGGCGGAGAGGAAGACCAGGACGCCUAUGACAUAAACCAGCUUCGCCAUCCCGUCUCCACCGUGGAGCUGGUGCCUCAGACCUCGUUCAGGGGAAGACAGCCUCUGCGGAAGGAUACGCCCUAUCACCGGGUACCUCCACAGCCCUCCCGGGCCCUGCCCACCAGCCCCUCGGACAUUGCUGACUUCAUCAGUGAUGGUCUGGAAGCCGCCGACAACGACCCCAGUGUCCCACCCUACGACACGGCGCUCAUCUAUGACUACGAGGGGGAAGGCUCUCUGGCAGGAACACUCAGCUCCAUCCUUUCCAGCUUGGGAGAUGAGGACCAGGACUAUGAUUACCUCAGGGACUGGGGUCCCAGAUUCACCCGGCUGGCAGACAUGUACGGGCAGCACUGAACGGUGGGGGGCACUUGGGGGUCAGAGCAGGGGAGAGAGGGCUGAAAGAGUCCUUCCCCAGUGGGAAGGGGGGCUGGUGAGAACAGAGAUGAAAAAGAAGGACUGUAGCUGUAAGGCUCAGCAUGUUCCCUUUCUGGGGGCUCAGACAUUCCGGAGGCUGAGGGGCUCUCCACCCUCCAUCAAUCCCAGGGGGCUUACUGAGAGCAAGAGGAACUCUCCCCACUGCUCUCUCCCUGGUUAGCCCUAGGAGGGGCACUCUAGACAAGGCACAGAACAGUGAGGAAAAAGCAAGCUGCACGUUAUCCUGUGGCCUCCUUGGGACCCAGCCAGAGGGUGUGCUCUCCAGAGGAAGCCUGUUACCUCCCAGAACCUCACCCUAAUGCUUCAGAGAAGACCCAGAGAGGGACCAGGAGUCCAACCAGCCCCUUUAUGAGAAAGUCAAGGUCCAAUUCCAAGAUCCAGGCAUUUUGAAGCAUCAGAUCAGACUCGCCUUAUUCUUAAAAGGUCUGGGGUGCCAUAUGGUCUCCCUCGUGCUCCAGAGGAAGCAAAAGCUUUAUGGUGCUAUUGGGUCAGAUGCCUUAGCCACAAUGGGACAGGAGGUAUCCAAAAGUCAAGCAAAAAGAUGAAAAUUCAGGGACUAAGUUACAUCCCUUGAAUGGGGAAGUACCAAACUGAGCUGAGCCAAGCUGGGCCUCAGAGAGGGGUCCUGCCCAGCCCAGGAGGCUCAGUGAUGCCCUCCCUCCUCUCUAGCUCCCAGGCCUGGCUCAGACCUUUCUGCCAAAUCCUCCCAACAACCAACACCUCUACCACUACCCGGUGUUUGCCCUGCUCUGUUGCAAUGUGUUUUGUACAAAAUGAAUUAACUGGAUGAUGCAGUUUGAAUUAAAAAAAAAAAACACCUCAGAGACAUUUC